CGCGGCCGGGGGUCUGAGGGGCGGCCGCUGCGGGGACCCCGCGCCCCGCGGGGCUGCGGCCGCUCGGCGCCCGCCCCGGCUGCGCCUUCCCCUUCGGGAGCCUCCGCACUGCCGCAGCCGGCAGAGAGUUCGCAAAGUUGUCACAUUUUGCAGGCGGGGAGCGAGUGCCGGAGAAGUGCGAGCAGGGUGGAAGUCACCCUGUGUGGGACAUAGCUCCUCUCACCUCCCCCCUCCUCCCCAAGCCAACCUUUCUCCCUCCUCCCUCCUCCCUCCCUCCCUCCCUCCCUCCGCCGCGUUUCCUAGAAAGUUGUAUCAGCGUGGCCAUGCAACGCUAAGACGGUUCGCCUGCUCGAAACACGAAUGUGUGCCGGAGGAAGUAGCGUGGUGGUUGUGAAGAAUUCACCUCGAAGACGCCUCGAAACCCCCCACCCCUCAAGGGGAUUUUUUUGGGUUUGCUGUUAGCGGGCAGCUCUGUCCCCCUCCGGCUGCAGGUUUAAGGGGCUGCCGGAGCAGGGAAAGUGAGACAUGGAUCUGGCACCCUGCUCUGCCAGGGUAUUUCAUACUUCGCCCCCCAUCGUCAGGGUGGGUACAGAGGGGAGCCCACAGCGCCUUGCAAUAAGAAAAGGAGAGGGAAAUUCAUCGUGACGAACUCCCUCAGAAGGCAAGUGUGGAGCGGUUUUAAUUUGAUUGCUGGAAGGAAGCAAAAGAGAAGCUGUCAUUUGUGUCUGUGUGUCCCUAUACGAGGGCCUCCUGGUUCCUUGUUAGCUUAUAGAGAGGGAAAAAAAAAAAAAAAAAAGCGCGUUUGAUGUUACGUCUGACCAGCUGCUGUUCUCCAUAAUAACAAGAGAGAGAGAGAGAGCUGCCUGCCCUGGCGAGUUGCGUCACUUCGCUUCAACUUUAGGCUAGAAAUCAAGAGAGGGAGAGACAAGUUUCGAGGGAGGCAGGAGCGAACUGGAAAGCCCUGCCGUCUUCCUCCCACCCACCUACCCCUCCUCCUUUCCCCCUCUCCUUUCCCCACCCCCUUCCCCCCCUCCAAAAAAAGAAAAAAAAAAAGAAAAAAAAAAGGAAAAAACCUUUCCCAUCAGAGAAAGAGGGAGAUCUCUUUGGAAACAUGGAGCUGCUGUGCUGCGAGGUGGAUCCCAUGAGGAGAGCUCUGCCUGACCCGAACUUGCUCUACGAUGACCGCGUUUUGCACAACUUACUAACCAUAGAGGAAAGGUAUCUGCCCCAAUGCUCCUACUUCAAGUGCGUCCAGAAGGACAUCCAGCCCUUCAUGAGGAGGAUGGUGGCCACUUGGAUGCUGGAGGUCUGCGAAGAGCAGAAGUGCGAAGAAGAAGUUUUCCCUCUGGCCAUGAAUUACUUGGACAGAUUCUUAGCUGUGGUGCCCACUCGGAAGUGCCAUCUGCAGCUGCUGGGGGCAGUGUGCAUGUUCCUGGCCUCCAAGCUGAAAGAGACAAUCCCCCUCACAGCCGAGAAGCUGUGCAUAUACACGGACAAUUCCAUCAAACCCCAAGAGCUGCUGGAAUGGGAGCUGGUGGUGCUGGGGAAGUUGAAGUGGAACCUUGCAGCCGUCACCCCACAUGAUUUCAUUGAACACAUCCUAAGGAAGGUGCCUCUCCCUAAAGACAAGUUGCUUUUGAUCCGGAAGCAUGCACAAACCUUCAUCGCCCUUUGUGCCACAGAUUUUAACUUUGCCAUGUACCCACCAUCAAUGAUAGCAACUGGAAGUGUGGGAGCAGCCAUCUGUGGCCUUCAGCUCGAUGAUGGGGACAGCCUCACGGACCUCCUGGCCAAGAUCACAAACACAGAUGUGGACUGCCUUAAAGCUUGUCAGGAACAGAUUGAGGCAGUGCUCGUGAACAGCCUGCAGCAAGUCCGGCAGCAGCAGCAGCAGAGCAACCCCUCCAAGACAGUGGAUGAACUGGACCAGGCCAGCACUCCCACAGAUGUGAGAGACAUCAACCUGUGAGGACAUCGGCACACAAAGUCACGCUUGCUCCCCCAGACCCUUUAUUUUUGUUAUUAUUUUUAGAGUGAAUUUUUUUUUAAUCUGCUCCCACAUAGAACAUAUUUAAAGCUCUUUUAGGUAUAAAGAAAAACAAAAAAAAAAGUACAAAAACUGAAUAAUGAAAAAAAAAAAAAAGCAUUUGGUGCCUGUGAUGUUCUACAGAAGGGAAUCCCACAAUAUAUUUGGUAAUUGCUAUUUGAUUAUGUAUCAGUGGUAUUAAAUGCUUAUAAAAGCAUACAAAGUAGCUAGAUCAAUGUAAGCCUGCAUUUGUGGGAACAAAGUAGAGUAUACUUGUCUGUGUAUUAUGAACUAGUGCAUACACCCCUUUUUUAGAUUUAAGAAAGGAAUCGUGUGUGCGAUUUUGUGGCUUGACUAGAUUGCAAAGCAAUAGAAUAAGGGGUUUAGGGCAAAGUGGGAAAAGAUCCCUGAAGCAAUUGAACUAUUUUGAAUGCAGAAGAGAUUUGCUGAUCUGUCACCUCUGUUAUUAGUCAGAAGUGUUUGUUGGAUCUCUGUAUGUUAGUUUUGUUUACUCUUGCUGUCUGUGGUAGCUGCUACCUAAGAAAGAAGAUGCUUUAUUUUACCAGCCAGAA